CUGGAAGGCUUAACUAAUAUAUAGCAGACACCUUCUUCUCUCCCUCUCAUUUUCUUUCUUACAUUGUAUCUAGAUCACCAGAGGUUGCAUCUAAAUCCAGUCACGCAAUGUCAGGGAAGAUCUCGACGUUAAUUUUGAAAGUUGACCUCGAAUGCUGCCGCUGCUACAAGAAGAUAAGGAGGACUUUGUGCUGUCUCCAAGCUGAAAAUUUUGAGGCCGUAAUAUAUAUAAUUAACUUAGAGAAGGUACACAUCACGUCGAUCUCCUACGACGAGAAGAAUGGCACGGUGACGGUGGCCGGCGUCUUCGACCCCGACAGGCUCUCGAAGAAGCUUCUGUGCAGGGCCGGCAAAGUGAUCAAGAAGAUCGAGGAGAAGAAAGCAGAGGAAAAGAAGAAGGAAGAAAAGAAAGAAGAGCAAAAGGAGGAGAAGAAGAAGGAAGAGAACAAGAAAGAAAAGAAAGAAGAGAAAAAGGAGGAGAAGAAGAAAGAGAACAGAGAAGAAAAGAAAGAAGAGAAAAAGGAGGAGGAGGAGAAGAAGCAGGAAGAGGAGAAAAAGACAGAGGAGAAGAAAAAGCCGCCGAAGCCGGGGAUCGAGUUCGAGCCGGUGGUGGUGACGCCUUACUUCUGGCCGCCGGGGGUGGCAAUCUGCUGCCACCAGCCGUACCUGGAGAGCCACCUCGGUGGGUGCAGGUGCUGCACCUGCGGCACGGUGACAGAGAACCAGAAGGCGCCAGCGCCGCCGGCGAGCUACCCGCCGACCGCCCCCUACUCCUAUCCGUUGCCGUACAACUAUAAGACUUGCCAAUUCGUCUGCGAGGAAGAUCCAUCAGCCUACUGCACUGUCAUGUGAUGCAAUCGCCCAUACAUUGAUCAAUAUUUGAUUUUUUUCUUUCUUUUUUUUCGAUGUCACGAUUAACUUUGAUGUCUGCAAAUUAAUUAUGGAUUAAAUAUGAAAUUUCAAUGCUU